AUGCACACAGCCAGCACUGAAGGACAGUACCGCGGUACCAAUGGGUCUACUCAUGGCAAGGACAAAGUCGCCAUAUUGGAUGCCGGGUCACAGUAUGGAAAGGUGAUAGACCGCAGGAUACGUGAGCUCUGCGUCGAAUCCGACAUACUGCCGCUGGACACGCCCGCUUACCACCUGAAGGAGGCUGGGUACAGGGCGAUCAUUAUCUCGGGCGGUCCGAACUCCGUGUACGCAGAGGACGCGCCUAGAUACGACGCAGAUAUCUUCAAGAUUGGACUACCUGUGUUGGGUAUAUGCUACGGUAUGCAGAUGUUGAACAAGGAGUUUGGUGGCUCCGUAUUGAUGAAGGAGGCCCGUGAAGAUGGCCAAUACGAGGUGGAGCUGGAAACCACGUGCCCGCUGUUCAACCGCCUGGAGAAGCUGCAGCCGGUGCUGCUGACGCACGGCGACAGCGUGCAGAAGGUCGGCGAGAGGUUCCGGGUGGCGGCGCACUCGUCCAACCACCUCAUCGCCGCCAUUUACAACGAGCAGAUGCGCCUCUACGGGGUGCAGUUCCACCCUGAGGUGGAACUGACGCCCAAGGGCAAACAGAUGCUGUCCAAUUUCCUGUUCGACAUCGCCGGUUUGGCGCGCACCUUCACCCUGCGCUCCCGGCGCGAGGCCUGCGUGCAGUACAUACGGGACACCGUCGGCGACAACAAAGUGCUGGUACUUUUGAGUGGUGGCGUGGAUUCCACAGUUUGCGCCGCCUUAUUGAGUACUGCGUUACGUGAGGACCAAGUGAUUGCACUCCACAUUGAUAAUGGCUUCAUGAGAAAGAACGAGAGUGCAAAAGUAGAGAGAUCUCUACGGGAACUAGGUGUUCGUUUGCACGUCGUUAACGCAACUCAUCAGUUCCGGCAGGGCAGCACGACGAUCCGCGAGGCGGGUGGGCGCAGCCGCCACACGCCGCUGCUGUGCCACGCCACGUCGCCCGAGGACAAGCGCAAGAUCAUCGGCGACGUGUUCAUCCGCGUGGCCGAGCAGGCGGUGCGCGACCUGGAUCUGCAGGAGGACCAGGUGCUGUUGGGGCAGGGCACGCUGCGGCCGGACCUGAUCGAGUCCGCGUCCGCCCUGUGCUCGGGGAACGCUGCCACAAUCAAGACGCACCACAACGACACCGAGCUGGUGCGGGUGCUGCGCCAGAGGGGCCGCGUCGUGGAGCCCCUUCGCGACUUCCACAAGGAUGAGGUGAGGGCGCUUGGUGCGGAGUUGGGCCUACCGAGCGCUCUGGUGGAGCGGCACCCCUUCCCCGGGCCGGGGCUGGCGGUCCGCGUUCUCUGCCAGGAGGAGCCCUACGCAGAGAGGGACUUCGCCGAGACCCAGGUGAUCGUGAAGAUAAUGGUGGAGUACGCGUCGAUGUGCGUCAAGUCGCACGCGCUGCUGGGCCGCGUGGCGAACGCGAGCACGCCGGCCGAGCAGGCGGAGCUGAAGCGCAUCUCGUCCAAGUCGCCGGUCGCCGCCACGCUGCUGCCGCUGCGCUCCGUCGGCGUGCAGGGUGAUUCUAGGACUUACAGCUACGUGGUGGCGUUAUCUACAGAACGCUACCCACCUGAUUGGAAGGACAUGCAAUACCUCGCCAAAAUCAUACCGCGUGUCUGCCACAAUGUCAACAGGGUCUGCUACGCCUUUGGAGGUAUAAUCAAGGAGCAGGUGUUAGACAUCACGCCGACUUUCCUCACUCAGCACGUCAUCUCUACGCUGCGUCAGGCCGAUGAUCUCGCAACUCAGGUGUUGAUAUCGAGCGGCUACGCGGGCCGCAUCGCCCAGAUGCCGGUGGUGCUGAUCCCGGUGCACUUCGACCGGGACGCGGCGGUGCGCGCGCCCUCCUGCCAGCGCUCGCUGGUGCUGCGCCCCUUCAUCACCGGCGACUUCAUGACGGGCGUCGCCGCGCUGCCCGGCUCCGACGCGAUGCCUCAGGACGUUGUAGACAGGAUGCAUAAGGAGCUGAUGACCGUUUCCGGGAUAUCGCGUGUCCUGUACGACUUGACGCCUAAACCGCCGGCGACCACGGAGUGGGAA